AUUUCAUAUCGAAACACUGACGAGAAUGGCUCAAUGGUUGUAGGAGUAAUGUACAAAAAUCUUACCGAGUUGUUUACAUCAGACAAGAACACCAGAGGAACCAACAAAACAAGGGUGCUGAACUCCAUAAUCAUGUCCGUUGAAAUUUACCCCGAGCCUGCAGAUGUACUGCUGGAGAACAUCACCUUGGUUUUUAAACACAUAAAGGCCGGUGGAAAAAGCAGAGAGUGUGUAUUCUGGGACAUGUUUGGAGAUGGUCCCGUGGAUUGGUCAGCGCAAGGAUGUUUCACCAGAAUUAUGAGCGAAUCCCAAACGGAAUGCAAGUGCCAUCAUUUAACUCACUUUGCUGUUCUAAUGGAUAUUACCGAAAGUAAAGAUGAAAGUAAUGCAGGGGAUACAAAGGAAAAUGACAAGAUACUGACAGUUCUUACACACGUGGGGAUGGCUUUAUCGCUGGCUGGAGUUUCUAUAACAAUAAUCAGCUAUGUACGGCUAACAGACAGGCGAGCACCCCUGUUCCAUAGUCGGGUGGGACUAACAUCUUGCAUUGGAGCUGGACACAUUGUCUUUUUUGCUGGGAUUGAUGCCACAGAAAACAAGGCUGCCUGUGUUACAAUUGCGGCUCUCAUGCAGUACUUCUUGAUGGCAGCUUUCUGCUGGAUGCUUGUUGAGGGAGCUUACAUUUACUUAUUUGUGGUAAAGGUGUACAACGUCAACGAUAAAAUCUGCCGCUUUCAUGGCCUUUGUUGGGGACUUCCUGCGGUCAUGGUUACUGCAUCUCUGGGUAUUGUUGCAGGAAAAGAUGGAAUCGAAAAUUAUGUCAGUGAUCAGUACUGCUGGAUAUCUUCAAGAAACAAAAUCAUCUGGAUAUUUGUUUCCUUUGUUGGACUAAUUGAACUUAUUAAUAUGGCAAUCCUCGUGCGAGUUAUCAAGGAAGUUACUACAAUCCAACAAGUCAAAGACAACCAGAGUGAGCAGAUCAGGGUUGGUGUUCGAGCAUGCCUGGUGUUGGCUCCGUUGCUUGGCGUUACAUGGCUGAUAGGUUUCUUGUCGCCAUUGCACAUUGCCUUUUCUUACAUGUUUGUCGUCCUAAACUCUACACAGGGCUUCUCGAUUUUCUUCUUUCACUGCUUGAGAAAUAGUGAGAUAAGAGAACGUUUCAAAAGAAGACUUCGACAAGCACGGCCCUCCCAGCUACACAAAAACAAACCCAAAAUGUAAGAGGCAA